GUCGACUGAGCGCUGGGCCCGACACCCCCCCGAAGCCCAACCAGGCCCGCGUGCGCCCAGAUUGCGCCGCCUGCAACUGCUCUCCUCGCCGGCCGCUGCCAGUGCGCACUCCACGACGGCCCUGCCCGACGGCCCUGCACGACGGCCCUGCAAGACCCCGCCCGGCUGCCGCUCCAACCCUCACCGCACAUCCCCGCCGCGCGCAGAAGAAACCCGCGUCGCCGUCCCGCCCGCGCCCGCCCUGCCCUGCGCCCGUGUAUGGUGGUCGCCCGGCCGUCCCCGCCAUGAGCGCCAUCCUGACCGACCGGCAGGCCGAGGAGCUGCACAAAGCCAUAAUCGCAUAUCUCGGUGUCAUCGGGGCGACCAACACGGCCGCCGCCUUUCGCGAGGAGGCCCGCGUGCCCGACGCCUUCGACGAUGCCACGCGCCGCAAGUACGAGGGCCUGCUGGAGAAGAAGUGGACCAGCGUCGUGCGCCUCCAGAAGAAGGUGCUCGAGCUCGAACAGCGCGCCCAGAGUCUCCAGAGCGAACUCGACUCGACCACGCCUACGUCCCUCCUGCGGAAGAACCAGGACCCCACCGCCUGGCUGCCGCGAGCCCCCGCCCGCCACACCCUGCAGUCUCACCGCUCGCCCAUCACCUGCGUGGCCUUCCACCCCAUCUUCUCCUCGCUCGCCUCGGGGUCCGAGGACACCACAAUCAAGAUCUGGGACUGGGAGCUGGGCGAGCUCGAGCGGACCGUCAAAGGGCACACCAAAGGCGUACUGGACGUCGAUUUCGGCGGGCCCCGGGGCGGCACGCUUCUGGCCUCCUGCUCUAGUGACUUGACCAUCAAGCUGUGGGAUCCUUCGGACGAGUACAAGAACAUACGAACGCUGCCUGGCCACGACCACUCCGUCUCUGCCAUCCGCUUCAUCCCCAGCGGCGCUGCAGGUUCUCCGUCGUCCGGAAACCUGCUCGUGUCGGCCUCUCGAGACAAGACCUUGCGCGUGUGGGACGUGACCACUGGCUACUGCGUCAAGACAAUACGAGGGCAUGCCGACUGGGUACGGGAUGUAGCCCCCAGCUUCGACGGACGCUGGCUCGUCUCUGCUGGCAACGAUCAGACUGCACGGCUGUGGGACGCCAAUUCUGGAGAGGCCCGAUGCACCUUUUCCGGCCACGAACACGUCAUCGAAUGCGUCGCAAUAGCGCCGCCUGUCGCCUACGCCCACUUGGCCUCUCUAGCUGGCCUGAAGAAAGCACCGCCGCUCAGCAGCUCAGCAGAAUACAUUGCGACGGGAUCACGCGAUAAGACCAUCAAGAUCUGGGACGGUCGGGGGACCCUCAUCAAGACCCUGGCUGGCCACGACAACUGGGUGCGUUCACUCGUCUUUCACCCAGGCGGCAAGUAUCUGCUAUCAGCUAGCGACGACAAGACAAUAAGAUGCUGGGAUCUGGCACAGGAAGGAAAGUGCGUAAAGACCGUCACGGACGCGCAUAGCCAUUUCGUCAGCUGUAUGCGCUGGGCGCCAAACGUCGUAAAGGACGUCCCUGCCAAUGGCGACAGUUCAAACGGUACAGGAUCAAGUGCUGCAAGCAAGAAAAAGGAGGAAGACGCUGCCAAAGCAGGAAUCAGAUGUGUUAUUGCAACAGGGUCUGUGGACCUCAACGUUCGCAUCUUUGCAUCUUGAAAAGCAAGGAAAAGUAAUAGAUCAACUUGAACACAAUGGCCGAGACACGCAGAAGAUGAAAGCCUUCAAGGGUGUUUCACAUCGGAGGGACGCAAGAAUCCAGGCUGCUUGGCUUGUCUUUGCGAGGUGCGCGUGCGAGGGCAUGCUACUGACGUGGACACGGGCAGUCACCGCACGCUCAUGAUAACUGCACCGGCAUUGCGCCCUUGGCCUCAGAUAUCAAAGGCUGGUACUAUGGGCACGUGACUAGUAAGACGUUGAAUCCGUAUAGAACGGAUGCCGAAUGUAAACAGCGAGACGGUGAAUACAAGCGCAAUAUUAACCGUUGAGGUAUAACACAUCCUUCAUUCCUUU